AUGGCUCCUGCUGAGUUGAGGGAAUUGAAGGCUAAUGUAGUAGCAGACGCUUCGAGUAGGAAGUCUAUGGGAAGCUUGGCCCGAUUUGCUGCUGAAAGACGACCUCUGUCGUCCUUAGUUGGGCAAGUUAAGGCUUGCCAAUAUGAUGAUCUCUACUUUGUUGGGAUUCGAGAACGAGUGCAGAAUGGCGGUCUUAAAUCUUUCACUAUUGAUGGUGAAGGUGUGUUACGUCGUCACGGAAGAUUGUGUGUUCCCGUUGUGGGUGAUGUGAGGCAGCUAAUUCUUGACGAGGCUCAUAGCUCACGAUAUUCUAUCCACCCUGGUGCUACAAAAUUGUAUCAAGACUUGCGUGGAUUGUACUGGUGGAAAGGUAUGAAAGUUGAUAUUUUGAAACAUGUGACUAGUUGUUUAAAUUAUCAACAGGUCAAGAAGCAUGACUCAGUUUGGGUGAUAGUGGAUAGACUUACCAAAUCUGCCCAUUUCAUACCAGUUCAAGUUACUUAUAGCGCGAAGCAGGUUGAGUUGAGUACAGCUUUUCAUCCGCAGACAGACGGGCAGUCUGAGCAAUUUGAGCCCGGCGAAGCACAGUUAUUGGGUCCAGAUUUAGUUCAACAAGCAUUGGAGAAAGUUGCAGGGGAAAAAGUUUUUUUGAAAGUUUCUCCCAUGAAAGGAGUUAUAAGGUUUGGCCGGAAGGGUAAGCUAAGUCCUAGAUACAUCGGUCCUUAUGAGAUUUUGGACCGAAUUGGAUUGGUGGCGUAUAGGCUUGCUUUACCUCCGAGAUUGUCUGCAGUUCAUCCUGUGUUUCACGUGUCUAUGCUUAGUCGGUAUGUUCAUGAUGAUAGCCAUAAGAUUCAGCCAGAGGAUGUCGAGCUUGAUGAGAAUCUGACUUAUGAGGAAAGCCCGAUAGUUAUUCUUGAUAGGCAAGUGCGAUAG